CACUCUCAGGGAUUUUCAGAGGCCGAUGCCGUCAUCCGUGCAUGACAGCUCGUCCUGAUUCUGCUGAAGCGUUCAAACGUGCGCACGGUUUGGGCAGAUUUGCAGCUGACUUUCAAUCUCCCGUGCCCGUCGAGCAAGUCAUUCGUGAGCUGGAGGAGCGCGGCAUCAUCACAGGCGCUCGCUGCACAGUCGAUGAGUCGCGUCGAGGCUACAUACGCUUCAUAGGACCUCUCAGAAUGAGUCGGGUGGACAAGGACAACGCGCGCCGUGAUAAGGUGCACGUGUUCGUUGGCGUGGAGCUCGACGAAAAGACAGGCAAAAACGACGGUUCUCUGAUGGAUACCGAGGCUGGCGAAAUUGUCCGGCACUUCAGUUGCGAGAUGCUCCGCGGCUUGUUUGUCGCGCCGAGCAGGAUCACACUCGGCGCGCCCGAAAAGACAGUCAUCGAGGAAAUGCUCGACGAUCUCUCUGAUCUGGACGAGUAG